AUGGCUGCGAUCCGGUUUUCUGCUCUGGUUUCCGCCGGGGCCGGAAUCUUCCUGCACCGCGGCUACUUGCUGUGGACCAUAUCUUCGAUCUGGGAAAUCUUCCCUUCUUUUGUUAUGCCGAUUAUCCCGGUGUUGAUCUUGCCGGGUGAGGGUGGCCUAGACUACCUCGGCAACUCCAGCCUCGUCCAUGCACAAAGCAUCCUCGUCAUUUGGGCCUGCCAGGUCGUGCUCAUGGGCGCUUUCGAGGGGUACCUUGUUGCCGGUGGUCCACUCGGGGAGAUUGUUGACCCACUCUACCCCGGUGGAAGCUUCGACCCUCUUGGCUUGGCUGACGACCCAGAGGCAUUCGAAGAGCUCAAGGUCAAGGAGAUCAAGAACGGCCGGCUUGCCAUGUUCUCCAUGUUUGGAUUCUUUGUACAGGCCAUUGUGACUGGAAAGGGGCCCCUGGAGAACCUUGCUGACCACAUCGUCGACCCUGUCAACAACAAUGCCUGGGCAUUCGCCACCAACUUCGCCCCCGGCAAGUGAUUGAUCAGGCAAUGCAAUUCAUUGUGCAACUUCGAAUGCGGGGCUUUGAGCUUAUUGCCAAAGGGCAUUGAAAGCAUGAAACUGAUAGGCUGUGGUGAAAUAAGCAUUCCUCCCACCUAUAUUUGUUGAUUUGGGUUGUAUCAUGUAAUAUUAAUUGAUCGGUUUAUGACA